AUGCGGGUGCGGGCGCGGAUGGGCAGAGUUUUCGUCCGCCCUGAUGAUGUUCUUUUGUUUAAUAGUAGUGUAGAUGAUGAUUGUCUUCGACCUCUCGCCACCGUUAUAAGAUCACGCGCGUCUCGGGCUCCCGGCGCCCCAAUAGACCCGCGGAAGUGUUCGCGGACUACGUACGUGGCGGCGAUGGACGCAUCGGCGACGGCGCAGAGGCGCAAGUGCCCUGACAAGGAGGAGACAGCCGGCUUGUGCGCCAACGGCUGCGGCUUCUUCGGCGCCGCCGCCACCGGCAACAUGUGCUCCAAGUGCUACCUGGAGCACGUCAUCAUCGGCACCGCUAACACCGUGGCCGCCUCGACCGGGCCUCCGGAGAAGAAGGCCAAGAUUAUCGUCGCCGUCCCGUCCUCCGAUGGUGCGGCGGCUUCCUCCACCGCAGCCGCACUUGACUCCUCCGUGACGUCCGUGAAGCAGCCGCCGGUGGCGGCGAACCGUUGCGCGACGUGCCGCAAGAAGGUGGGCCUGCUGGGGUUCCGAUGCCGCUGCGAGGGCACCUUCUGCAGCGUGCACCGCUACUCGGAGAAGCACGACUGUGCAUUCGACUACAAGACCACCGGCCAGGAGCAGAUCGCCAAGCACAACCCUGUCGUGGUUGCGGACAAGAUUUCCCGAAGGAUCUGA